ACUGCUGUAAUUCUGUGGUGGAGGAGGAUGAAACGCAUAAUAAAUUAAAAUAAAAAAAAAGAAGAAGAAGUCAGUGGCUAUGGACUCAAGAUCGGUGUUUGUCUUACUAUGGAUGUUGCUGUCGUCCACCUCUUCUGCAAUCAAAUUAGAUGGAAAUGGUUAUGUCGACAUUAUAAUCGCAAUCGGUUCAAAAGUUCCACAGGAUGACAGACUUAUUGAUAAAAUCAAGGACAUGGUCACUGAAGGGUCGCUUUAUCUUUAUGAAGCAUUGGAUAAAAAGGUCUAUUUCAAAGAAGCUACAAUACUAGUCCCAUCACACUGGAGCAGCAAGAAUGUUACCAAAGCAAGAACAGAGUCAUUUGAUAAAGCAAAAAUAAGAAUUGAUAAUGCUGAUUCAACAUAUGGUGAUGAGCCCUACACUAAACAGUAUGGAGAAUGUGGAACUAUGGCAGAAUACAUUCAUUUCACACCAGGAUACCUCCUGAAUGACACAGUCAUCCAGCUUUACGGAUUAAGAGGAAAGGUCUUUGUGCAUGAAUGGGCUCAUCUUCGAUGGGGCGUGUAUGAUGAAAACAGUGAAGAAAAGCCUUUCUACCACUCUAAGGGCCGAAUUGAAGCUACAAGGUGUAGCAAAGAUAUUGAAGGUCAGUUUUAUGAAGAGAUUGCUGGAGGAUCUCUUCAACCGUGCCGUAUAGAUCCACAAACUUCACUACCAACCGAUAAAUGCAAGUUUUUUCCAAAAAGAAAUCAGAACACAAACAGCUCCUUAAUGUUCCUACCAAGUCUGGGUUCUGUGACCACAUUUUGUCGUGAAAAUGAGCACAAUAAGGAAGCCCCAAACCUACAAAAUGAUAAAUGUGGCAACAAAGCGACAUGGACUGUAAUCUUUGAGGAUUCUGUGGAUAAUGACACACUUCGUUCUCUGAAACCACUGCAGUCCCCUCCACCGCCACCAUCUUUCAAAGUUGUGCAGAGAGCACAGCGGGUCGUUUGUCUCAUCCUUGAUGUCUCAGGAAGCAUGCAAGGCGCUAGAAUUCUUCAACAGCGACAGGCUGCCACACAUUUCCUGCGGUACAUCAUUGCAGAUCAAGCCAGUGUUGGAAUUGUAACCUUUAGUACUUCUGCUUCUACUCUGCGAUCCUUGACUAUUAUUGACAGUAAAAACACACGAGAGACUCUUAUUCAAUCAUUACCAAAAGUGGCCGAUGGAUACACAAAUAUGUGCUUGGGCCUUACUCGAGGCUUACAGGAACUACAAAAGGACAAUGGGGAUGUAUUAGGAGAUGAAAUAAUUUUUCUGACAGACGGUCAGGCAACAGACAACAUUGCUGCUUGUGCUCCAUCUGCAAUACAAAGUGGUGCCAUUAUAAGCACAAUAGCUUUUAGCAACAGUGCAGCUAGUGCACUGAUAGAAAUGGCGAACAAAACUGGGGGAAUCUUUUUCAUAGCCAGAGAUGACAUGAUCUCCAACCAGUUAAUGGAUGCGUUUGCCUCGCUAACAUUAUCAACUGGUGAUUACACAAACGAACCAAUUCAGCUCGAGAGUGUUGGAGCAAGAACAUCUGGUUGGUUCAACGGGACAGUAUCAGUGGAUCAGACUGUUGGGAACAAAACCAGCUUUGUAAUAAUCUAUGAAAAAAGUUUUCCUAGUGUUUACAUACAAUCACCAAGUGGCUCAAUCUACACUCAGACAAAUAUGAGUCAUGAUGGAUCGCUCAAAAUAGUCACUUUAAACGUUCCAGGAACUGCAGAGCCUGGGGACUGGAAGUACAGUGUCCAAACCUCCUCAAAUCAGGCUUUCACUAUAACAGUAACGAGUCAAGCGGCACGUGCUGAUGUUCCUCCUAUUAUUGUAAAAACCCACAUGAACCAGCAGUUCAAUGACGGCUCUAAACCCAUGACAGUGUUUGCUGAGGUUAGUCAGAAUUACAGGCCUGUAAUAAAUGCUGAAGUGUGGGCUACACUGGAGUCAGAAACUGGGUCCGUGCAUACAUUGCAACUCCUGGACAAUGGAGCAGGAGCUGAUGCUUUUCAGGGUGAUGGAAUCUAUUCCAGAUAUUUCACAAAGAUGACAAAUGGGAGAAGCAGCUUGAAAGUAAGAGUGAAGAAUCAAGGUGGAAAAACCAGAUUUGCUGUCCAAAAAAAUAGUGGUGCCCCAUAUGUACCUGGAUAUGUGGUAAACGGUGUAGUGCAGCUGAACCCUCCAAAGCCUCCAGUUUCUGAGGAACCUCUUGAGGUGGGAAACUUCACCAGAACAGCCACCGGAGAGAGUUUUGUGUUGAAACUUUCAGGCACAACUCCACCGAACUUCCCUCCCAACAGAAUCACAGAUCUGAGUGCUGAGAUCCAGGAGGACACUGUGCUUCUCAGCUGGACGGCACCUGGAGAGGACCUCGACCAAGGAACAGCUAAAUCCUAUGAGAUCAGGUGGAGCUUUGACCUUGAUAUGCUUCGAAACAGCUUCAGCAAUGGUCAUGUAGUGAAUACAGCUGCCGUCUCUCCUCACGAGGCUGGAUCAGUUGAACAACAUUCAUUCAAUCUCAGUUUCCCAAUCCAUAAUGGGACCACAAUCUUCUUUGCGGUUCAGUCGGAGGACAAACAAAAUGCAAAAUCUGAAACCUCCAACAUUGCUCAAGCUUCAAAGAUCCUGCCUGAUCCAAAACCCCCAGGAAUAUCAAACCCAGGCGUGAAUUUAACAGUUCUUGUCAUCUCUCUGUGUGUGGUAAUUAUGGUUAUAUGCUUUAUUGUAGCUGUAACCAUAUGGGCAGUGAGACGCAGGAAUCUUGCUGUCUAAAGCAACACAUGACAUCAACAACUCAAAUAAACAUAAAAUCAAGCCUAUAUGCAUACUUUGAAUGAAAACAUGCAAUAACUUUUAAAAACAUUUCUUAAAACAAUUAUUUAGUUCAGACAAAAUUUCUUGGUUUCUGACCAUCUUUUUCAAGUGCAUGUCUAAUGUUGCCGCUAUUUAGCAUUUAAAAAAAAAAAACAUUUAUUCUCAAUCAACUAAUUUUUAAAUACAAAUCAGUAAAACCUUUCUGUAUUAAAUUAGCAUUGUGGUGAUUAGAAACACUGUUUUGUUCAUUUGUUAUUUGGAUUUCCAUAUUAUGCCUAGUUAAACAUAUAUUGAAAUAAUAAUAAAUAAAACUGUAUGCAUUGAUACAAGUUGUAUGCAUUGAUGGAGUUUGUUAUUGUAGUUAUACAAACAUAAGCCAAUGUGAUGUUUCACAGUCAUCAGUCUCAGAUCAGCAGCUCCAACAAUCUGUUUCCUCUUUUUAAAUAUUUAAUGAAAUAUACAUUAGAAUGAAGACCAUUAUUUACAUGUGUUUGAAUUUAUUAAUUAAUGGAAAAAUAACUGCAUCGGUAUGAAGCAGAUACUGCUUUGCUUCCUGUAAAGUUUAUAACUCUCAUCUGUUCAGAUGAAGAAGCAAACUUAUUUUAUGGCCUGUUUUGGGCAAAUUAUUCCUUUAAAUUGGGAAUAGCAGAAAAGUCCAGGACGAAGCAGGGCGGAGCAGAUCUACCACAUAAACAUCCUUAAAAAGUGGAUGGUGCACCCCGAGAAGCUUGCUGUUUUCACCCCAAAACCAGCCUAACUCUAAACUGGAUGUCCACCCAAAGCUGUCUAGGACACUAAAGAAGGAACUGGAGAAUUUGGUCAGUCACUUUAUCACCAACUCAUUGUUGGAAUCCACCUGUUUCCAAUCAGGAGGACUAUAAAAGAUGCAUUCACAAACACUCUUUGCUGAAUAUUCUUACUCUGUAACCUGUUUCUUAGUUCCUGUGUUUCCUUUCUCUGCCUUACCUUUGUGUUUUUGACCUUGAAUUGUUUACCUAAUUUUUAAUUGUUUGCAGCCUGCCCUGACCAUUACCUGUUUAUAGAAUUAUUAUUUUGUCUGUCCUGGAUUAUACCUGUUUGCUGGUGUUUGACUUUGUCUGUUUUGACCACUCUUUUAAAAUAAAGCCUGCAAAUGGAUCUUC